AAAAAAAAAGCUCUGAAACGAAACGCCACGAGUCGCGACCGAAACGCCAGGAAUCGCGACGCAAAGGAGUAUAAAAAGCUCUCUCUCUCUCCCCGGAACCGUAACGGCUUUUCAUCACUCCUACCUGCGAUUUCGUUUCCCGAAAUAUUUCUCUCUCUCUCUCUGUUUGUUUUUUGUGUGCGUUUGUGGAAAUCGGAGCAAUGGCGGCUGUUUCUGCGGCGUUUCCGGCUGCGACUGCGUCGACUACGGCGUCUCUGUACGUCGGCGACUUGCAUCCUGACGUCACUGAAGGUAUGCUCUUCGAAGCGUUCGCUGAGUUCAAGAGCUUGGCCUCUGUUCGUCUCUGCAAAGACGCCUCUACUGGUCGCUCCCUAUGUUAUGGCUACGUCAACUUCCUCUCUCAUCACGAUGCAAACCAUGCUAUCAAGGAAAAGAAUCACACUACGUUGAAUGGAAAAGCGAUUCGGGUUAUGUGGUCCGUCAGAGAUCCCGAUGCUAGGAGAAGUGGUGUUGGAAAUAUCUUUGUUAAGAACUUGCCCGAGUCCAUCAAUAAUGCGGGCCUGGAAGAUAUGUUUCAGAAAUUUGGGUACAUCAUCUCCUGCAAGGUCGCGUCUUCUGAAGAUGGAAAGAGUAGGGGAUACGGUUUCGUGCAAUUUGGGUCCGAGGAAUCUGCACUUGCUGCAAUCGAGAAUUUGAAUGGAUCCACUGUUGGUGACAAGGAGAUAUAUGUUGGAAAAUUCGUGAAAAAGAGUGACCGUGCAUUGGCUACCCCUGAUGUCAAGUACACAAACCUGUACAUGAAGAAUCUGGACAUAAAUAUUAGUGAAGAUAUGUUGCGGGAGAAGUUUUCUGAGUUCGGCAAGAUUGUUAGCCUAGUGAUUGCAGAGGAUGAAGAUGGAACAUCAAAAGGGUUUGCCUUUGUCAACUUUGACAACCCAGAGGAUGCAAGACGAGCAGCCGAAACGAUGAAUGGAGCACAACUUGGCUCGAAGACUCUAUACGUCGCAAGGGCACAGAAGAAAGCAGAACGAGAGCAACUGCUAAGGCGACAGUUUGAAGAUAAACGCAAGGAGCAGACUAUGAAAUAUAAGGGCUCAAAUGUGUACGUGAAAAACAUUGAUGAUAUCGUUACCGACGAGGAGCUGAGAGAACACUUCAGUCAAUGUGGCAAUAUCACUUCUUCAAAGCUAAUGCGUGACGAUAAAGGGACAAGCAAAGGGUUUGGGUUUGUCUGCUUUUCAACCCCUGAAGAAGCUAUCAAAGCUGUAAACACAUUUCAUGGACGCAUGUUUCGGCGCAAGCCACUCUAUGUGGCAAUAGCCCAGAGGAAAGAGGAUAGAAAAUUGCAAUUGCAGAGACAGUAUGCAAAGCGUAUGUCAGCAAUAGCCGCGGGAUCUUCAACAGCUGCAAUGCCAGGGACAUACCCUCAGCUCUACUAUACUAAUCCACCUUCUUCUAUCGUUUCGCAAAUGAACCCUCAGGCGGGGUUGGUGUAUCAAUCCUUGGUUUCAGCUCCACCAACAUGGAAAUCCACUAGCUUGAUCCCCUCGCCAAGGCCUACCUUUCAAGCAAUAUCAUUUCCCAUGGCUCCUAACGCUCCGACACAAAACAGGCAAAACAGAGGUCGGAUGAACAGCCAUGCCGUCUCAUAUGUACCGCAUAUGCUACAGUCUUCUCAGCUACUCAAGGACUUCACCAACCAGCAGCAGCGGGGCAAGUACAAUAGCCGUGGAAGGGGGGAAACGAAGAGAGGAUCAGCCACAAAAAUGGCGCCGGAAACACUCAGUAAAAUGCUGUCUGCGGCCUCGCCGGAGCAGCAGAAACAGAUACUUGGGGAGCAGCUCUUUCCUCUCGUGGAGAAACUCCAGCCGGGACUGGCGGGGAAGAUAACGGGGAUGCUUCUGGAGAUGGACAACUCGGAAUUACUGCUACUGAUGGAGUCGCCGGAAUGCUUAGCUGUCAGAGCCGAGGAGGCGGUUAACGUCCUAAAUGCGUCGAAAGCAUCUGGACAAGACGCUGCUCUUGCCACCACGGCUCCUUACUUGUCUUCCGAGGUUGCCGUUAACUGAUGAGAACUACACUGCUGCCUCUCUAUCUCUCUCUCUCAGCUAAUACACAGUUUUUUUUCUUUCCUUCUGGGGAUUUCUCUCUCACACAUUUGCAGGAGGAUAUUAUUGUUUUUUUUUUAAAUAUGCUUUCUUAAGACAAUAUGAUAUUAGUUUUGGACGCAUUUGCUGAUUUUGAA